UCCAAGCUGGUUGACUGGACUACUUCCAAUAGGUUAUGGGCCCAGGACCCAGAAGCGUACAGUGAUUGAAGCAGAAUCUUUUCGCCGUUAUUCCGAAGAAGUUUUAAGAUGAACCCGAACUCUACUGGAUCCUCAAGCGCUGCAGGUAGUAGCAUUACAACAUCUAAUCUUCCUGGCAUAGAACGACUCAUCGGGAGAGAAAAUUGGGAAACAUGGAAGUUUGCCGUGCAGACGUUCCUGGAACUCGAAGAUCUCUGGUGUGCAGUAAAGCCGAAGAAGAACGACGAUGGAAGCUACGAAUCCGUCGAUACAGCAAAGGAUCGAAAGGCACGAGCGAAAAUCAUCUUACUUCUUGAACCAGUGGACUACGUUCACGUGAAGGAAGCGACAACAGCGAGAGAAGUUUGGUCCAAACUAGAAAAGGCUUUCGAAAACUCUGGCCUCACAAGACGAGUCGGAUUGUUGCAUAAACUAAUCAAGACAGAUCUAGAAUCAUGCGAUUCUAUGUCGGAUUAUGUUAAUCGUAUUGUAUCAACGGCGCAUCAACUGAAUGGAAUUGGUUUCCCGAUUUCAGAGGAGUGGGUCGGAAAUCAAUUACUGACUGGAUUAACAGAACAGUAUCGCCCAAUGAUAAUGGCCCUUGAAAACUCCGGUAUUGUCAACACUGGGGACAUCAUUAAAACGAAACUUCUACAAGAGGUUCCUCCCACAUCAGUUGAACCUGCCUUUGCGGCAAGAACGAAGCACGUUAAUGCUGGUAACUACAAAAAAAAAAAAAAACUACAAAAUGGAAUACAGCUAAGGGUCCGAAAUGUCGAAAAUGUUCGAUAUUUGGUCAUAUAGCGAAGGA